AUCAUUUUUUACAUAGAAUAAAGUAUAUUAACAUAUUUGUCAUAAAAAAGACAUAGUUAUAAUCUGAUAAAAUAUCAUUUCCAUAGAAUAUUCAGUCCAUUUUAUUAAUAGCCUCAAUCAGUUCUGUAACUUCUCCAAAGAAAAUGAACGCUCAGUUGAAUUUCACACCGGAUUUCAUUCAAGAGAACGCCGCCGGAAGUGAUUCCGACUCGAACCCCGAUGAUUCGCCGGAAUAUUACGAGCCAAUCUCUUCCACCGCUGAUGACGACGAUGUACACAUCUCCGAUCAGAUUCCAGAUCAUGUUCAGAGCUCGGAUGAUGAAGAGUGCGACGAAUCUAGUAACUUUCAUCGCCUCCCUAAUGGCUAUGUGAAUUGUGUAGAAAACGGGAUAUCAUCACUGGAUCUAAGUGACGAGGAUGGUGAAUAUAAGAGUGAGGUUGAAGAAGAGGAGGAGAGGAUAAGAGCGGCGUCUGAUACUGCUGUACGGAGAGCAUUCAGAGAGGAUGAGAGCCGUCGCAACACUCCAUUGACGACGGAGAAUGCAAGGAGAGUAAUGGAAGCCAUGCGUAGGAUUUCUUUUGGUGGAGUGGCUCCUGAUUGGACCAGCCAAGUUCCGGAGGAUCAGUGGAUCGAUCAUCUACAAAGAUUGAGAAGUCCACCUGCUACUACCUCGACGAACUGAAACCGAUUUGCCUUCGAUUAGGAAUAAAGGAUGCAAUGCAAAAGAUGCCAUCUCCAGUGCAGGUAGUAUCUUGAUUGGCAUUGUUACCUUACAUGGACUGGGUCUCAGCAGGCUUGUGAAGUUUCUUCCCAUUGUCACCCACUAGUAAGUUACACGGAACCUCCAGUAAGUUUUUCAAGAUAAGUUGUCACAUAUAUAUAUAUUAUUAGUACUAUUACUACUAAUUGAAGAGAAGAGGGCAAUCAAAAAGAUCAUAUGAAUAUAAUCAUUACAGCUCUCGAGCUUUGCUAUGUGUGGACCAAACUUCGUCCAGUAAAAGAAACUAAAAAGCAGUGGCCUAAACUAACUGUUGAAUUGCCAAAUAAAUAUGAAAAUGAGUUUUGUCGAGUCCUCCUUUCCAUUACCAACUGUUUUAACCUUCAACGGAUGGGAAGGGUGUGAGCUUAAUGUGACGGACUGCCCUAUUUUUUCUUCUUCUUCUUCUUUAACCUCAAAAUGCUUUAAGAAAUGGCGCCAACAUUUGUCAUGAGUACUUGAGCAACAAGUGCGAUCUCCUCUACCAUACAACUUCUUGAUUACUUCCUGUUCAAGAUUAAAUUAAUGUAUAUGUUAAUGUACCUCUUCACGAAUGCGUAUGACUAAUAUUGUAUUGUAGGUGCUAAAUUUCUCAAGAGUAACUUCUCAAUUUGAGGAACCAAGCUUUAUUCAUGAACUUUAGGAACCAAUACAAUAUGCUGCUCUCUAAAAUCUUUGAAGUAUCACUUGGAGGUGCUAAAUAUAGUUGAAAUGUCGUACCCUUAUAUUGGAAAGUUGUUAAAUUAGGAGACGCUACUAUAUCACAUUCAUAUAUCUGUGGGAAGAUAAGGUCCAUUUUCUUAGUGAUGAACUCAAAAUUUUGAUACGCUCUAUGUCUGACAAGGCCCAAGUAAUAAAAUUUCAAGAUGGGGAAAAUCUGAACAAAAA